GAAUAAUAAUAUAAAAUGGCGCCUUUGCUUUGCUUGUAAACAUUCGGCGGGUUAAUUAAAUGACCAUCUAAAUUCAGCAAAUUGUCGUCGAUUUCCUGAGAUUUCAACUAUAUAGGGCCGUGUUAUUCAAACGAUGGCCACUCCAGCCGUCAUCACUCAAGAAUUGUCUCCGAUUUACGCAUCUUUAUUAGGAUUAGCAGAAAAAUUUAGGACUACUAAUCCUCCAAAUUAUAAAGCAUGUAUUCAGUGCCUAAGGAGUAUUUUAUCCUUCAAGUUACAUCCAAGAUUGGAAGCACGGACGAAUUAUCAAUUGGGAUCAAUUUUAUUUAAGCAAACAAAUAAUAUCGACUUGGCGCAAAGGCAUCUAGAAACUGCUUGGCAGCUAAGCCAAAGUGUUUUAGAUGAUAGUGUAAUAUUUGAAACUGCUUCGACACUUGCCAAACUGUACAUUUCUCAGGGAAAUACUGAAGAUUCUAAGGCAAUUUUAAGGACAGCUAUUGAUAGAUCUGGUCAAUUUCCGUAUUGGCAUUGUCUACUUUUGCUGCAGGUGUCGGAAAACUUUAUAGCUGAUUAUCAGUAUGAUGUUGCUGUUCAAAUGCUGUCAAUCGGAAGUGAUUUCGCUGCAUCUCAUAGAUCGUUUUAUACUCAAGGCUUGUUUUUGUUAAGUAAAGCUAUGGUACUUCUUAUGGGGAAGAAACUGGAUCAAAUUCCAACUGCUAUGGCUGCGUCUGCUAGAUGUAUUGAGCAAAUGACUUCCCAAUAUCAUCGAGAGAGUCUACGUACUUUUUACCUCUUUUUGGAUGUCUAUCAAUAUUUAAUUACUGGAAAGGUAAAAUCAUGCAAACCGUCUUUAAAGCAACUGCAGCAAACUAUACAAACUUUAACUAAUAUGCCUGAAGAAGAUACAAUGAAUUAUAAUCCAAUUGACAAGUUUCAUUGGAUGCCAAAGGAUCAAAUAUGCGUUGUUGUAUAUUUGGUAACAAUUAUUCAUUCACUGCAAGCCGGUUGUGUAGAAAAGGCUUCGAAGUAUACCGAAAAAGCCCUUAGUCACGUAAACAACUUGAAAGCUGCUGGAGCAGUGGAUAGUCCUUUACUGAAAUCAAUGGAAUUGUUCCUAUUUGAACAAGUCAUACAAUGUAAGAUUAUAUCUGGUAAUCAAUAUGAAGCAAUUAAAGGAAUCAUGCACGCCAGUAAUCAUGUUUCUCAAUCAGCUCCAAGAUUGUUUCGCACUCAUAGUUCUCAACUUCAUACUUUAAUCGGAUUAUAUGCGAUGUCAAUGAAUUGUAUGGAUGCUGCAGAGGCUCAGUUUAGUCUGGCUAUUAAAAGUGCUGAUAAAGAAUUAGCAACGUUUAUCAGACUAAAUCUAGCUAUAUGCUAUUUAAAAAUGAAUCGUCAAGCAGAAGUUGUAAGCUUACUAGAGAAAUGUGACAAUCACGUUGCUUGCAAUCAAGAUAAUCAAAGUGUCAAAGCCUCAACGUUAUACGUCAAAGGUUUACAGGCAUUUUUUGAAAGAAGAUACCACGAUGCUAAACGAGUUCUAAGGGAAUCAAUCAAGAUUGCUAAUGGCGAGGAAUUAAACCGAUUAACUGCAUGUGGAUUAGUUCUGCUUGGUCAUAUAUUUUGUGACCAAAGUAACUCUACGGAGGCAUUAAACAUGAUUAAUCCAGCAAUGCAGUUAGCAGCGAAAAUACCUGAUAAUCAUGUCCAGCUAUGGGCAUCUUUUCUACUUAAAGGAAUUUAUGAAAAAUGUGGAAAUCAACAAAGUUCGAUCGAAUAUAGUAGCUUGUACAAACAAUUCAGUGAACUUUUAUUAAACGAUUACUUGAACGCUGGCGGGCAACCUGAACAUAAACUCAUCGAAUGGCUUGAUGGUUCACCCCCUGUAUUUACAUCUCAGCCUAUAUCAACUCAUCAAAGCGCGCGUCCAUAUUAACUGGAGUAUUCUUAAAUAAUACUACUGUUUUUCGUUGUUGUGGUCAGUAAGUUAGUUAAUGUUUUGACUCGAGCACUCUUUGUAGAAAAUUCGCAGUGGUCAUAUUUUUUUCUUCUUUAAAAUCCCCUCCCCUCCUCCCCCCCCCCUCAUCCUAUUUCCUCCUUUCCUCCCUCUGUACUCAAGUAUAAAUUUUUACUUUUUACAAGAAUAUCAAUGUUUUAUUUUCAAAAAGAUUAAAAUAUAUUUUCUAAAGAUAUUACCGUUUAUUAACUAUUUACUAUUUAUCUAUUACUGUUUGUCAUUUUUCUUAAAAAAAAGAAAAAAAAGCACAUUAUUAAUGAUAUAUCCUAACAUAAAUGAAAUAUAUUAUUACACGUUUUAUUUAUUUGUUCUACGUAUUAUUAAUUAUGAGCGAAUUGUAUUAUUAGUUUUUUAAAUAUAGGG